AUGCGCCGCUGGACCUUGUUGCUCGUCGCGGCCGCGCGAGCGCUCGCGCCGCCGUCGGCCUGGGUGCGCCGCACCAUCGCCGUGAGAGAGUUGCGGAUCGAGGUGCGGGAGCGCGCCCAGAUGGACCCGGACCACCUCGGCGGGCUCACCUGGACCGGCGGCCGCGCGCUCGCCGAGUACGUCGCCGACCGGCCGGCGCUCGUCGCCGGGAAACGAGUGCUGGAGCUCGGCUGCGGGUCCGCGCUCGUGGCGCUGACCUGCGACGCGCUCGGCGCCGCGGCGACGACGGCGACGGACCUCGACCGCGUGCCGGCGCGCGUCGACCCGAGGGUCUUCGACGUCCUGGGCGCCGCGCCGCUGCCGGCGUGCGACGUGCUGCUCGCGGCCGACGUCAUGUUCACGAGCGAGCUGGCGCGCGCGCUCGCGCGCCGCGCGGCGGAGGCGCACCGCGCCGGCGCCCGCGUACUAGUCGCGGACAGCCAGGGCUGGGCGUCGAACGCGUUCCGCGACGAACUCGACGCCGCGCUCGCCGCGCGCUUCCGCUUCGACGCGACGACCGUCGUCGACGACGUCGCCGGGCGCGAGCGGCGGAAGCGGCCGACGAUGCGCCUCGCCGCCGCCGUCGCAACGGCCCUGGCGGUCUCCGCCAGCGCGACGACGCAGAACGGGACCCGCGACUUUGCGCCGCUGAAAUCGUUCUUGGACGCGGUGAUCCUCCAGUACGGCAACAUCUCGUUGACCGUGGGCGACGCGCGCGGCGCGCUCUUCGAAUACAGCAACUACCUGAUGACGCCGGACACGGUGCUCGGCCUCGCGAGCGGGAGCAAGUGGCCGGCCGCGACGGCGCUGAUGGCGUGCUUCCACGAGCACGGCGUGUCGCUCGACGACCCCGUGCGCGCGCACCUGCCCUGGUGGGCGUCGGAUCCCGCGGACGAGCGGUCCGCCGUGACGCUGCGCCACGUGCUCAGUAUGACGACGGGCAUGAUCGUCGACUCCGACUGCGACCUCGCGUACGACGACUGCGACGCGCGCAAGGCGCUCGGGUCCGCGGCGUUCGCCGCCUUCUCCCGGUGCCGGGGCGACCUCCCGGCCUGCGCGAAGGAGCUCUACGAUGCGCUGCCGCCGCGGCCCAUGUACGCGCCGGGCGCCAAGUUCAUGUACUCGAGCCUGUCGUUCCAGUUCGCCGCGGCCGUGGCCGUCGAGGUCUCGGGCGAGCCCAUCGGCGCGAUCCUGCACGACUACGUGCUGGGGCCGCUCGGCAUGGCGCCGACCUGCGCCUGGGCCGACGCGGCCCGCAACCCGCUCCUCGGCGGCGGCCUCGCCUGCAGCGCGCGGAUGAUGGACCGCUUCGUCCACGCGAUGCUCGCGGACGGCCUCGUCCCCGCGGCCGUGCGCCGCGAGAUGGAGACGGUCCAGGUCUCCAAGGUGUCGCAGUACUCGUCGACGACGGCGUUCUGGGGGCCCUACUGCAUCGGCAACUGGCAGGAGUGCCUCUACGGGCAGUUCGACGGGCCGAUGCCGGAGCAGUGCGCGCGGGCGGACCGCCACGGCCACCCGGGAUGUGGUGGGUACUGGAACUUCGUGGACCGCCGGCGGAGCUACUACUACAAUUUCCUGCCGUCCUGGACCUGCGACCGCUCCAACGCCUACUGCGAGACGGGCUCGCCCGACGACUUCGGCCAGGGCUGCCCCGCGCUCUACGGCGCCGCGGCGACGCUCAAGCAGCGCGUGUCGACGUUCCUCGACGACAUCUUCGGGGCGUAA